CAGUAUAAAUAGUCCCAGCAUCCAGCAUUCAAGGUCGUCAUUUCCACCUGCUCACUUCCCCGUGCAAGAACAUGGCAGUUCUCCUCGCAUUAAUGGCGGCGAUUGCCGUAGCGUCAGUAUGUCAAGCGGCUCCGGUCUCAGAUCCUCACCAUAGCUUGUAUCGGAAUGCGGCUUCCGGCCCUCUGAGCAACAACCACCAGAGCCAGUUUGAUGUCAACUUGCCGGGAUUUCUGAGAGUGAGCGGACAACACAAUUACCCGUACGGUUAUCAUCCGGCCCAAGCGAUUGUCCCAUUCCAGCCGCAGCAACCGCAGCAGCAGCGUUGGUUGCCUUCCAGAUUCCCUACUUUUGGCGGAUUCAAUCCAGCAACGGCUUUAAUUCCGCCACUUUGUUUGCCUUGUUCCAACACGAGCUGGCCAUUUUUCGGCAACCAGCGUAACUCUCGUCAGAAUCGUUUGCUUUUUCCUUCCUUCAGCUUGAACGCUGCUGGAUCAACUACCAACAACCAAGGAUCGUCUUCAGCCACGGACUGGAUGAAUUGGUGGACCAACCCUUUGGGUUUUUUAUUCCCGCAGAACCCAGUCCCACAAUUGCCAACGCUUCCUUUUUGGACCACCAUUUUCUGCUGUAAUUCCACUAACAACAACAGCACCCGCCCGGCAACAACUACGGCCAACCCUGCGACAACAGUCAUUCCAACAACAACUGUAGUUCCAACAACUUCAACCCCUCUUACAACUACUGUAGUCCCACCUACAACUACCGCGGUCCCGCAAACAACAACCGUGGCUCCUCCAACAACAACUGUAGCUCCGCCAACAACAACCGUGGCUCCUCCAACAACAACCGUAGCUCCGCCAACAACAACCGUAGCUCCGCCAACAACAACCGUGGCUCCUCCAACAACAACUGUAGCUCCGCCAACAACUACUGUAGCUCCCCCUUCAACAACAGCUCCAGCGGAAAGGUCUUUAGAGUCCGGCACCAACAGCGAAUCUCUCCCGACGGAUACGAUUCCGCUUUCCGGAAUGAAACUCUUGAUGAAUCUUUUCCCUCCUAGUUACAUUAGUUUUCUCCGUCGCUAAUUCUAAAAUAUUUUCUUUUCCUAUCACUGUAAUAACUGACAUCUUGAGAAAAUUUGCAUCCGGUUUUUGAUUAUGUGUUUGCUUUGCUAUAACAUGUUUAGCUACUAGAAAUGCCUUUUUCUCCCCAUGUUGGAUCAUUUAUGCGCAUUGCAUUUAAAAAGUCCUCGCCUCAACGAAAUUUUCGUGCAACUUUAACGUAAAAUACAAAACAAUUUUCUACAUCCUUA